GUCGUAUAUAUAUUAACCCUGUAAAAAAUCUUGAGCCGUUUUACUGGAAACUGAACGUGGCAAGAACAAUCCUUGGGCAGCCAGAAUCUAUUGAAAGGACAUCGUCUUUGUGUUCAACAUAUAUAAGGGUUUAGUUUAAAAAUCUAUUCUGAUGGGAGGUAACAGUUCGACGAGUAGGAGCAACAGUCAGAGAUAUUCUCAGAGUCCUCACCAAAACAGCACGCCACAACAUUCUACUACGGCUUCUGCGUUACAGCAAAAGAAUCAAUCCAAAAAGUAUUCACUCAUUGCCGAUAACUACCGUUCCACUGAUGAGGUUACGGCUGCGCUUUCACAAGCCGGUUUGGAGUCAUCGAAUCUGAUUGUUGGUAUAGAUGUCACAAAGAGCAACGAGUGGACAGGACAGAGAUCAUUCGACGGGAAGAGCUUACAUGACAUAGGACCAGUUCCAAACCCGUACGAGCAAGCGAUUUCAAUCAUCGGAAAGACUUUAUCCUCUUUCGAUGAAGAUAACUUGAUCCCUUGUUAUGGCUUUGGAGAUGCUACGACACAUGAUCAGGAUGUAUUCAGUUUCCUUCCGGACGAUACUUUCUGUAACGGGUUUGAAGAGGUUCUUGCUCGUUACAAAGAGAUUGUUCCUCAGCUUCGUCUUGCAGGUCCGACUUCUUUUGCACCUAUUAUCGAAAGAGCUAUGACGAUUGUGGAGGAAAGUGGAGGGCAGUACCAUGUUCUUCUCAUCAUUGCUGAUGGACAGGUGACAACACAGCACGGUGGUCUCAGUGCACAAGAACGUAAGACCAUUGAUGCUAUCGUUAGAGCAAGUCAAUAUCCAUUAUCGAUAGUUUUGGUUGGUGUUGGAGAUGGUCCUUGGGAUACAAUGAGACAGUUUGAUGACAACAUACCCGCUCGUGCCUUUGACAACUUCCAGUUUGUGAAUUUCACGGAGAUUAUGUGGAAGAACAUUGAUGCUGGAAGAAAAGAAGCAGAGUUUUCAGUUUCAGCCUUGAUGGAGAUCCCUUCUCAGUAUAAGGCCACCCUCGAGCUCGGCUUGCUCGGACGAAGAACUGGAAACUGUCCAAACAAAACUGCUCGUCAACCACCAAUAAGUGGUUACAAUCGAUCUCUGAGCAACAGUUCUUGGUCAAGCAGUGUUGCCUCUGCACCACCUACCUCAUCUGGUAGUAAUGAGAGCCAGGUUUGCGCGAUCUGUCUGGUUAAUACAAAGAACAUGGCAUUCAACUGUGGACACCAGACUUGCAACAAAUGUGGAGAAAACAUUCAAACAUGUCCUGUUUGCCGCGUCUCUAUCGCAGUUCGUAUUAAACUCUAUUAGUACUAGUUUUCCUUUUACUCAACUUUCUCACUGCUACCGGAUUUGAAUUGAGAAUGCAGUAAUUGUUUUUGCACCUUCGUUGUUAUAAGCUUUUUACAGCUUUCUUUAUAAAAGAAUAGGUUUUUUUAUGAUGAUAA